GAGCUGCUGGGAUCUCUAGGGAGCCUACGCCGGGUCUGGGGCAGCGGUCCCCGGGGUGGCCCCAGUGACACUGCACUCGGCGCGCGGAGCUGGCAUCUCGCCGAUCGGGGCCGCCGAAAGCUAAAUGGCCCGCGGGGUUGCCUGUGGGCUAAGACCCCACUAGGAGACGGGGCCGCGCGACCUUUUAGAGCGGAAACCGGGGUGCGGGGGCGCGCGGAGGCCGCCCAGUGAUCGGAGUCGAGCGUCCAAAUCCGCUGCGAGCAGGCGCGGAUCCGGGAGGUGGCCAUCGCCCGCGGGGACACCGCAGGCCCUCGUUGCUCCGGAUACGGUGGAGAGCUGGUACUGUUUUCAAAUUCAACCUUUCUGAUGUGGAAAUGCCAGUAGAAGAGAUCAGCAUCUCCAGGGGCUGUGGUGAGCAGACACUCUGAGCUUUGUGUCCGGGACAGUCGUCUGAAGAGCGGAGAUGGACACUCCCUCAGCCCACUGAGGCCAUUUUUCAGAUGAAGAAACAGAGGCUCAGAGAGGUUAAGGGACUCUCCCGAGAUCACACAGCCGUGUAUCCUAGCCUCAUGUGAAUUCUGGGGAAAAGGAAAGGCGUGGGCACCAGGGAAGUUCCUGGGAAAGUGGUGCCAGAGACAUGGAAUUCACCAGCUUGGAGGGGACAGGAAACAGCCACUCCAUCAACAAGGAAUUUUGGCUGAUAACAAAAUACUUUAAGAUAUGGAAAAUGACAGGCAGCCCCCAGUGCCUUCAUCAAGCCAGCUGCUUCCCCACCACAUCUCUGGUUACAGCGUGGGCAAGACCCAGUUCUAAUUAAGAAUUGUCACGCACCAUCUUGUCCAGAGGGCAGUGGCAGAAACAGCUUCCCUCUGUCCCGCACUGUGGCCCUUCCUGUGACGUCUUCACCUUCGAGGGACCCUGGGCUGUCACAAGGAUUAAUUACCCCACCACCCCCUUGGAUGGGAAAGGAAAUCACGGUUAUUAAGUUUUGAUUAAAGCUUCAUCAAGAGACUUUAUCGGCUGUUUGAAGAUUGCUGAUGAAACAGGCCACUUUAUUUCCUGAAAAGACAAACUGCAUGCCAGCAGAGCCAACCCACCACGAGUGGUCCACUUAGCCUUUGAGUAUUGCGGGUGAUUUCCAGCACAGCCUGGUGGCUGUCAGCCUGCAGACGUGGCCGUCAGGAAGCUCUAAAACUCCGUGGCUGUCCCUGUCUUGUCCUGCCCUGCGACUGAGCCUCUAUCUCUGGGCUCUUUCUUUGGAGUUCUUCCCCAACUAGGCCUGGUUUCCUCCAGCCCAUCCCUGCCCCGCCCCCUCAGUAAAGCAGAAAAGGCGACCAUGAGGAAAAGAACUCUCAAAGUGCUCACGCUCCUCCUCCUGUUCAUCUUCCUCACCUCUUUCUUCCUGAACUACUCUCACACCAUGCUGGCCACCACCUGGUUCCCCAAGCAGAUGGUCCAUGAGCUCUCGGAGAACUUCAAGAAGCUCAUGAAGUAUUCCAACAGGCCCUGUACUUGUACUCACUGCAUCGGGCAGCGCAGGGUCUCCUCCUGGUUCGACGAGCGAUUCAACCGGUCCAUGCAGCCGCUGCUGACGGCCAAGAACGCGCUCCUGGAGGAAGACACGUACAACUGGUGGCUGAGGCUCCAGCGGGAGAAGCAGCCUAAUAAUCUGAACGACACCAUCAAGGAGCUGUUCCAGGUGGUGCCCGGGGACGUGGACCCCCUGCUGGAGAAGGGCUCGGUGGGCUGCCGGCGCUGCGCUGUCGUGGGCAACUCGGGCAACCUGAGGGAGUCCUGGUACGGGCCUCAGAUAGACAGUCACGACUUUGUGCUCAGGAUGAACAAGGCCCCCACUGCAGGGUUUGAGGCCGACGUCGGGAGGAAGACCACCCACCACCUCGUGUACCCUGAGAGCUUCAGGGAGCUGGCAGAGAACGUCAGCAUGGUCCUGGUCCCCUUCAAGACUGUCGACCUGGAGUGGGUGAUCAGCGCCACCACCAAGGGCACCAUCUCCCAUACCUACGUUCCUGUCCCCGCCAAGAUCAAAGUGAAAAAGAAUAAGAUCCUGAUUUACCACCCGGCCUUCAUCAAGUACGUCUUCGACAGCUGGCUGCAGGGCCACGGGCGGUACCCGUCCACCGGCAUCCUGUCCGUUAUCUUCUCACUGCACGUCUGUGACGAGGUGGACUUGUACGGCUUCGGGGCGGACAGCAAAGGGAACUGGCACCACUACUGGGAAAACAACCCAUCGGCGGGGGCUUUUCGGAAGACUGGGGUACACGAUGGGGACUUCGAAUCCAAUGUGACGGCCACCUUGGCAUCCAUCAACAAAAUCCGGAUCUUCAAGGGAAGAUGACGCUGUGAAAGCCUGAGGACAGGUGCCCCACAUGCGACUCCGCAUCCAGCCCCAGCUUCUCACCGGAGCUGUUCUUCUCCAGGAACUUCCAGGACCAGCCUCAGGGGUGUGCCCAGGUGCCCCUUGCAGCCUCUUGCACCCCAACAUUUGGCAGCAUCUACUCAGCAAGGUCACUGACCCCUGCCAGGGCUGCAGAGCAAGUCUCAGAACCAGUCUCGGGAGGGGAGAACCCCCGCCUCACUGCUGUUCUGGGCUGGGGGAGGCAGGGAGACUCUGGAGAGGCCCCAUCCUAGGAGUCCCAUGUUCUAGAGGAGAGGAUGGUCUCCCGAGGGGAAGCACAGAGACUACGCUGCCGAGGGGUCCGGGGCCAACACUGAUUCUUGCUUGGAAGUUUCUGGGUGAAGAUGACCUCCAGGAGAGCCACCCCACCUCCCCUUUCUGCCCAAAGAUCAUUAAACUGUGGCCAUGAGGGGUCCCUGCCCUGAAGGUCUUCAGGACUCUAAAUGCCCAGGAGAUGUCUUCUUCCCAAGCUGACGUUUCCUCGAGUAAUUGAUCUCUGUGGUUACCAUGACAGCUGAGCAUGGCUCUAAGUGCUUCCACGUGCCUUGGUACUGGGGGGAGAAACGCAUGCAUUGACUGAAAUGUGGCAAGAGCCCCAGCUUGGGGAAGGGGACCCCAGCAGCGCACUCCCCUUGGUCUGUAGCUGGGGAGAGUGUUCUAGUUUCCGGAGCCAGUGUCUGAGCUGCAAGAAAGCUCAGCUGGAACUAGGCUCCAUCCAGAGGCCCGUCAGCCGUGGACCAUACAUUCUCAUUUUCACAGACUAUUGGAUUUGGUGCCCGUAACCUUCCAGAGCUUUGCAGUGGAGAGGGGGCAUCAGCCAGCAGUUGCCACCAGGGUCAGAUCCCCCCCUGGCCACCUGUGUGAGGACAUCCUAGAAACGUGACCGUCAGAGGGGAGAAGUCAUACCUCAUCCUUCACAUCCCAGCUGCUCUUUCUUCCUCGUCAGCCUUCCUGAUUAUUUAUUGUUUUGUCUUUUAAAUUCAACUGACAUCAUC